ACUCCGGAACCCCCGUCCCCCCCGGCUGGAGGAGACACACGGCUUUUGGUGAGAGCCGUGCGGGACAAAGCCAUGAAGCCCUGGCUGCUGCUGGCUCUGCUCGGACUGAGUGCUGCAGUAUCUGGGCCCAGUAAACAGGAAGACGAGGACUAUGAAGACGUGCCCAUAAAUAAGACAUGGGUGUUAUCACCGAGGGUCUACGAGAGCGAUGUGACUCUGAUCCUGAAUAAACUGCUGGAGGGCUACGACAACAAACUGCGGCCUGACAUCGGAGUGAGGCCAACAGUGAUUGAAACCGCCGUGUAUGUCAACAGCAUUGGACCGGUGGACCCCAUCAACAUGGAGUACACCAUUGACAUCUUCUUCGCCCAGACAUGGUACGACAGCCGACUGAAGUUCAACAGCUCGAUGAAGCUGCUCAUGCUCAACAGUAACAUGGUAGGCAAAAUCUGGAUUCCUGACACGUUCUUCAGGAAUUCUCGCAAAUCGGACGCCCACUGGAUCACCACUCCCAACCGCCUCCUGAGGCUGUGGAGCAACGGCAGAGUCAUGUACACACUGAGGUUGACUAUUAAUGCGGAGUGUUACCUUAAGCUGCAUAACUUUCCAAUGGAUGAACACUCGUGUCCACUGGAGUUUUCAAGCUAUGGUUAUCCUAAGAAUGAGAUCAUGUACCGGUGGCAGAGACGGGCAGUGGAGGUGGCAGAUCAGCGCUACUGGAGACUCUACCAGUUCGCCUUUGUAGGGUUGAGGAACACUUCAGAUGUGGCACACACCCAGUCAGGUGAAUAUGUAAUCUUGACAAUCUUUUUUGACCUGAGUCGGAGAAUGGGCUACUUCACCAUCCAGACCUACAUCCCCUGCAGUAUGAUCGUGGUCUUGUCCUGGGUCUCCUUCUGGAUCAACAAAGAUGCCGUCCCAGCCCGCACAUCUCUAGGUAUUACUACAGUGCUGACGAUGACUACUCUAAGCACCAUCUCCAGGAAGUCCCUGCCUAAGGUGUCCUAUGUCACUGCCAUGGAUCUGUUCGUCUCCGUUUGCUUCAUCUUCACCUUCGCUGCCCUCAUGGAGUACGGCACUCUGCACUACUUCACCAGCAACAGACCGACCAAGAAGUCCAAAGCCAAAAAAAACACACAGCAGAAAGCAUCCAGCAUGAUGAAUCUCCGCCCCGGCACGUCCCUGCUGCAGAUGAACAACAUCGUGCCCUAUCACGAGGAGGACGACUAUGCUUAUGAGUGUUUGGAUGGAAAAGACUGCACCAGCUUCUUCUGCUGCUUCGAUGACUGCCGCUCAGGUGCCUGGCGUGAAAACAGGAUGCAUGUGCACGUUUCCAAGAUUGAUUCAUACUCGCGAAUAUUCUUUCCCACUGCUUUUGGCCUUUUCAAUCUGGUUUACUGGAUUGGAUAUCUGUAUCUAUAA